CUUGAAACGGUUAUAUGCUUCUCUCUCUCUCUCUCUCUCUCUCUCUCUCUGCAAAACCACUAUUCUGUUCCAGGAAUCUCUGCCACACAACAACAUGUAACUGAACCUCUUACCCGUUUCUCUUGUGACUUCAAACAAAAGGUUUUGGCUCUUUAGUAGUUGUUGCUGACAUUUAAAGCUUAGUAUCCAAAUAAAGACUGAGAAUUCAACAAAACAGUAAUAUUGAGCUCUAUGCAUUUAAUAAAAGAGUGACCUGAAACUGUGAAACAGUUGGGAAGCAUAUUUUACUAAGUUUGAUUAUUACUCAUUAUUGUGAUAAUCACUUUCUCUUUCUGCUGAGUAAAAAAAUAACUUAAUUUUAGAUGCAAACAUCUCCAAAAAAAACAAAUUCAGCUGGUAUUCAUAUAUACCACCAGCACAAACCAGUGCAAGAAAUUAUUGAUUCAUACACUCAUUACAAAUUAUCACAAAAACAAAGCUAUUCAUUCAAUGAUAGUAGCAGUCAAGGAACAAAUAAUGUUUCUUAUGAAACAUCCAAAAGGGAUCAAUUCUAUACCUUGGAAUCAUCUCAAGGUUUCAUAGAUUUUGAUUCACCUUCAAGUGCUAGUGUAUCAUCAUCAUCCAACAAUAGGAGUAACCCUUUUUUGUCUCCACAAGUUUCUCACUCUCAUUCCUCUAAUUACACCAAUGGAUCACCAAUAAGUGUUCACUCUACUGAUAAUGGUAACUAUGAAUUGAAGCACAAGCUUAAGGAAUUGGAGAUAUCAUUGUUAGGUCCUGAGUCAGAUAUUGUUGACAGUUCUCAAUGCUGCUCAAAGGGUAGUAGUAGUAGUAGUCACCAACAAGGUGAAUAUAAUUGGUCUCAAAUUGAAGAAAUGAUUCCAAAGUUAGACUUGAAAGAUGUUUUAAUUAAAUGUGCACAAGCUGUUUCUGAUGGUGAUUUUCAAACAGCAUUAGCCUUCAUGAACAAUGUGUUGGGAAAAAUGGUAUCAGUUUGUGGUUUACCAAUUCAAAGGUUAGGUGCUUAUAUGUUGGAAGGUUUAAGAGCAAGGUUGGAAUCAUCAGGGAGUGUAAUUUAUAAAGCAUUGAAAUGUGAAGAACCAACAAGCAAAGAAUUAAUGAGUUAUAUGCAUAUUUUGUAUCAAGUUUGUCCUUAUUGGAAAUUUGCUUACCUAACUUCCAAUGUUGUCAUUUGUGAAGCAAUGCAAAAUGAGUCAAGAAUUCAUAUAAUUGACUUCCAAAUUGCACAGGGGACACAGUGGUUGUUACUUAUGCAGGCUCUUGCGCGUAGACCGGGCGGAUCUCCUUUUAUUCGCGUGACAGGUAUCGAUGAUUCUCAGUCGUCUCAUGCUAGAGGUGGAGGACUUGAUAUUGUUGGAAAAAGAUUAUCAGAUUAUGCUAAGUCUUGUGGUGUUCCAUUUGAGUUUCAUAGUGUUGCAAUGUAUGGAUGUGAGGUUGAACAAAAAGAUUUGGUAGUUCAACAUGGUGAAGCACUUGCUGUGAAUUUUCCUUUUGCUUUACAUCACAUGCCUGAUGAAAGUGUGAGCACUGAGAAUCAUAGAGACAGGCUUUUGAGAUUGGUCAAAAGUUUGUCACCUAAGGUUGUGAUUCUUGUGGAGCAAGAAUCAAACACCAACACUUCUCCAUUUUUCAAUAGGUUUGUUGAGACAAUGAGCUAUUACACUGCUAUGUUUGAGUCGAUAGACGUGGCGCUUCCCAGAAACGAUAAGAAGAGGAUUAGCGCAGAACAACACUGCGUGGCGCGCGAUAUUGUUAACAUGAUUGCUUGUGAAGGGGGUGAGAGAGUUGAAAGACAUGAAUUGUUUGGAAAGUGGAGGGCAAGAUUUUCAAUGGCAGGUUUUGUACCAUUACCUUUGAGUCCAUCAGUGAUUGAUUCAGUUAGAAGUCUGUUGAAUGAGUUUGAUGAGAAUUAUAGGCUUGAACAUAUAGAUGUUGUUAUCUAUUUAGCAUGGAAGAGUAGAGCUAUGUGUACCUCUUCUGCUUGGAGAUGUUAUUGACACCAGAUGAGGGUUAAACUUAGGUGAGGAAAUCCUGAGAGGGAAUUUGUAUGCACAAUUUUUGUUAGAUCAUAAAAUUAAUAGGUUGUGUAGAGGAGUGAAUAGAGUGAACUGGACGGCCUAAAGCAAAGACUUGUCUCACUUUAUGUUUAUGCCAACUCGAAUCACUUUACUAGAUAUAUUUUUCUUAUUUCUUUUCUUUACCUCUAGCGACUAAGUUUCUCUAUAUUACAAUAUGUUUCUUUUUUCUUUCAUAGGUUAAACUUGUUGCACAUGUCAAUACUACAAUGAAAGGAAAAGAAACCUCAAUUUAAAGUAUCCUCUUUUGAUUUA